ACGCCCGCGCCCCGCCAUGGCGGUGCACCGUCACGGCGGCGUCCGCCUUCUUAAGGGCGCCGAGGACGGCGGAGGGCACAACGACUCCACCCGGUCUAGCAACAUGUCCCGCCUUGCAGUCUUCGCUCUCCUCGCCGCUGUCGCCGCGUGCGCCGUCGCUGGCCCACCACCGCGUCCCCAAGGCCACGGACCCCACGGCCCCCCAGCACACCACGGCCUGCGCGCCUGGCUGCACGCCAAGGAGGCCCAGCUCCACCAGUGGGGCCACGCCGAGAAGGCCAAGCUGAAGAACGCCUGGAGGCAGAAGGUCGUCCCCCACAUCGUCCAGCUGGAGAGGAAGCUUGGCGCCGAGUGGCAGAAGAAGGCCCCCCAGGUCGCCGCUCUCCUAAAGCAGAAGGCCGGCGCCGCCUUCGACAAGGCCGUCAAAUUCGUCUCCCAGCAGGUCAAUAAGAAGCUCCAGGGUUGAGGUUGAGAGAGCACCCCAAGCAAGCACGACCACGAAAAUAUAUAAAGACUACUAACCAUA